AUGAAUUGGGACUGGAACAACUCAAUUGACCUUUCUGCGUACUCGUCUCAAUACGAACCACAGGGCGAGCUCGUGCAGGAUUUCCAGAACCAGGCCUCAAGCUCAAAAGACUUCUCCGUUCCCCUUCCUGGCACCGUUCACGGCCUACUCUCCCAGUCGCCUGCAUUGAUACAGAACACGACCUCCGCGAAUGCGCCAACGCCCCUUUCAGCGCCCCCAAAGCUCAUGCAGAACCCUACUGGGCAAAUGAGUAUGAAGAGAAAAGUCGACUCUGAACCUUCAUCUGCUGUCUCGCAAACAUUCAGUAGUGAAGUACAUCAAGGUCCCACGAAACGAGUUAACAAAUCAAGAUCGUCUUCUUCUGCCUCUGCAAAUUCGCCUGCGCUUUUGACGCCAUCUCAGGGCGCAACCGCCAACGAUAAUCGUCGAACAUCCUUGCCACAUACGGCUGGCGCCAUGGCAGCCUCCGAGUCCGGAAUACAAUCGAGUUCGAGUUCGGGUACAGACUUCCAGCGAAAGAAGGAGCAGGGCAAAGGAACUGGCCCUCAGGGAAGGGUUAUCGAUGUAUCGAAGCCACGGAGAAUUGUCGAGACCCCGAGUGGAUCAGACAUACUGCCUGCUGGCAAGGUGUUCCCUAUACAGAUAGGUUCAGAGCUGUUUAGGCUAUCGGGAGCAUCUCUAUCGUCUGAUGCACCCUCAUACUUUUCCCAUUUUUUCUGUGACCAACUCAAGAAUAGUUCUGGACGUGCUGGCGACAUGAAAACUCUCUACAUCGAUCGUGAUCCGGGAACCUUUCGUGACAUUGCGCUGCAUUUACAGGGAUAUCAUGUUAUUCCUCGUGAUGGGGAGCAUUAUGUCCGUUUGUAUGCAGAUGCUCAAUUCUACUCCCUGCCGCGGCUCACGAAGCAGCUAUUCAGCACCGAUAUCUUCAUUCGCAUAGGCGACACCCCAUUUCAAAUUCCUCGCGAUUUGUUCUCUGCCCCCGGUGACAGCCCGAAUUACUUCUCUCUCGGGUUUGCACAGUUCUUCUCUACACCGAGCGAAGUGUUCCCUGGUCUUGAUCGGAGUUCUUUACUAAGGCCGCCAUCAAUAUCUCCACCCCAAGUACCCAACAGGAGUGGCGAAACUUUCGCUGAAUUGAUCAGAAUGCUUCAGGGAUAUAAUGUCGAUAUUCGGAAUGAGGCGCACAGGUCACAACUAUUACGAGACGCACGGUAUUUUCAUCUGAAGGGACUCGAACAACGGUUGAUCCCCUGUGACAUUUCUUUCAACCUGAAUAGGGGUCAGUCUGAAAUUGUGUUACGCCUGGAGGACAUACGUCAAUCUGGAGUGUCUGUUACCCCAGAUGCAGGCCUUAACAAGUCCGGUUCUGAGUCGAGCUCUAUGAAAUCAACCCCAGCAGUCUCAUCAGGCAGUGGUAUUAGCAACCCUACAAACUCUGCCUUUGCCGGUCUAGACAGCCAACAGAGAACAGGCCUGGUGUCGUACGCGCGGCCAUUUACGGAUGAUCAUUCAAGCACGAAUAUCCUUGUGCUUGAAAUUGCAGACGUUGAGCAUACCACCUUGCAUUUCCCGGCUUCUGCGCAGAUGAUACCUUCAGCCUUAGCGCCACUCAGUCUAGAUCUGCGGGUGUCGUUCCAUGGAACCACGUUGGCGCGGAUAACAUCCUUGUUCUCUGUCAUUGCGUCAAAGAUGGGCCUCCCAGCUACCCAACCCCUUGGGCUCAUGAUGCUUCAGUCUGGCGGAGGCGUAGCGGCUCAGCCUAUAUCUCCUGCGAACUCUGGAGUCAGUGAACGCCGGGUGCGAGCCCGACUGGGCUCCGAUACCUACAUCGAGAUCGACGGUUCGCCGGUCGAGGUGGGCGUGGACCCCACCACAGGACGCAUGGGCAUACGGCAUUUGAACCAAAGACCAACUAAAAGGACCAAGAUAGCCGGGCGAAACCAGGGCUAUGCCGGUGGUGCUGACAACGAAUGGGUCUGGGGUGGCCCUCCAACCAACGACUCCUAUUUCGAAGACCACGGCGAGGGAGAGGAAUGGGUGAUCAAGAAGGCGCAUUGGCGACUCCGAGUCGAACCUGACGAAGCCGAGGUUGGGAAGAUGCAGGUUAUCCUCUGUGGCGUCCGAAUGGAAGGAUACAGCAUGGAAAGGAGCAGGAAUCGGGCGAGAGGCUUUUUGAGCUCGUGA